GGCAACAGUGACAGCAGCGGCAGUUCAACCGACUUCCCAACGGGCGACGUGGCCACCGCCCCCAGCUGCUCCGGAACCCCCACCAUGGACACCUCGCAGCCGGACGAUGUGGGCUACUUGUGGGGCUGGCAGAGUGGCCGCGCCUGCGUUUUCCGUAGCUCCAGCGGCAAGCCCAUCUACUACGCCGCCCUUAUAUCAGGCGAUUGGGACGCCCAGCCCGGCUACGUUCCCAAGCCCUCCAGCAAGAGCGGCUGGUUCGAUGCACCGCGCUGCAGCCAGCCGCCCACCUACGACGCCAAGCCCGACUCGGAGGGACGGCUCUGGGGCUACGAGAACGGGCAGGGCUGCGUGUACCGGGACGCUCGCGGCUACCCGCUCUUCUACUCGGACCUGCAGAACGGCAACGUUGCCGAGUAUUACAACAAGGGCUCCCUGUGGGACAACUCGCCUGCGUGCCCGAACGCCCCCUCCUGGAGCAACGCGCGCGCUGACAACUUUGGUCGGCUGUGGGGCUGGGACGACAAGGCGGGAUCUUCUUGCGCCUUCAAGGACGCAUCCGGGCAGGCGAUCUAUCCGCCCAAGCCGUAGACAACUACGCAGGGCACCGGAAGAACAAGACAGUAACAUGGAAGCUUGCGGUGGCGGGUUUAGCCAUGGAAUGUACCUUGAAUAAAUAGGCGCCCAACGGCGACCGGAUCUUGGAGAAUACGGAAUCGUAGUAAGGUUUGCUGUUUGCUGCUGCAGUUAAGGGGGGGUGGCACGGAGAUAGGAAGGUGUGUGAUACUGCGGCUGUUUCUGCUGCACAAUAACAGCGUCGGUGAAGGGGCGGGCAUGCACUGGCUGAGCCGGGAUGGGUGAGGGCUAGAGAAAAGGGUUGUGCUACUGGCUUCUAACAAGGGAGCAGGCAUGGAGUAGGGUCUGGGUUUGGGUGCAUCAUAGGAUGAGGAGCAUAGCAUUUUUUAUGUCGUGACUUGUCGGGAUGCAGGCUGACGCAGGGAUAGUGGCAUGUUGGCCAAAUGAAGACUUUUGCAUGCUGCCAUACACAGCAACACGUACCAUGGAAUUCCAGACGGC